CUCCUCUUAUCCUCCUUGUCUUACUAGUUGGCGAGCAAUAGGGCUGAAACAAGGCUGCUGUUUGUUGGCCUCACCUGCGCUAGCCUAACGUGAGGACCCUUGACCUCUGGGCCAAGAUGGUGGCGCUCAGAGCUUCGCUCUUGCUGCUGUCGUGAGGUGAACUGAAGCCAGCAGCCCCGCAUCAUGUCGAAGCUCGGCCGGACCACCCGGGGCCUCAGGAAGCCCGAGGUCGGCGGUGUGAUCCGGACCAUCGUGCGGGCAGGCCUGGCCAUGCCCGGGCCCCCACUAGGCCCAGUGCUGGGUCAGAGAGGUGUUUCCAUCAACCAAUUUUGCAAGGAGUUCAAUGAGAGGACAAAGGACAUCAAAGAAGGCAUUCCUCUGCCUACCAAGAUUUUUGUGAAGCCUGACAGGACAUUUGAAAUCAAGAUUGGACAGCCCACUGUUUCCUACUUCUUGAAGGCAGCAGCUGGAAUUGAAAAGGGGGCCCGGCAAACAGGGAAAGAGGUGGCAGGCCUGGUGACCUUGAAGCACGUGUAUGAGAUUGCCUGCAUCAAAGCUCAGGAUGAGGCAUUCGCCCUGCAGGACGUACCCCUGUCCUCUGUUGUCCGCUCCAUCAUCGGGUCUGCCCGUUCUCUGGGCAUUCGUGUGGUGAAGGACCUCAGUUCAGAAGAACUUGCAGCUUUCCAGAAGGAACGAGCCAUCUUCCUGGCUGCUCAGAAGGAGGCAGAUUUGGCCGCCCAGGAGGAAGCUGCCAAGAAGUGACCCUUGCCCCCCUUCUCCCAGAUUUCAAAGGAGGCAGCUGGGAAGGGGACCAGUUGCAAAGGCUGUGCCCCAGGGGAGGAAGGAGGUCACACCAAUAUGAUGAUGGUUUUCGUGACUUUGAAUGAUGUAUUUUUGUACAUUUAGCUGUAUUGAGGCAUCAGGCCUGAAUAAACAUCCUUUCUUACCCAC